UCGUUGUUUGUGUGGAGCAAAUGUCAAAUAUAGUAAUUAUCGCCAACAAGAGUAUAAAAGCAGAGCACGUUUAAUUUGUUAUCCGGGUUAUGGUGUAACGACUGUCGUCCAGGCUUAAUGUGUUUACAUUUUCUCCGUCGCUUUACGGCUUCGUUCAGUAUAACGUUACUUGUGAAGCCUUUUAGUUCUACUUCCUCGCUUAACUCCUCGAAACAUUGUUUUAGGAGAACGUGUGGAGCUGCUCAUAUACAGAUAUUUAUAAUCAUUUUGGUCAAUACAUCAUUCUGGUGUCACUUUACGGCAAGGUUAAUUAAGUAACAACAUCAGUUAACAUGAAGACCUCUUAGUUCAUGCAAAUUUUUGCAUUCACUAAUGCAUGAUUAAAAUCACGAGUUGUGUUUGUUAACAUUAGUUAAUGCACUGUGAACUAACAUUAACAAAUUGUAUUUUUAUUUCCUAACGUUAACUAAGAUUAACAAAUACUGUAAUAAAUGUAUUGUUUAUGUUAAUACAUUAACAUGUAAAGUGUUACCAAAUAUUUUUCCUUUGCUUUCCUUUGGUGCUACUUCAUAUUUUUCCAUCACUAAAUGAAUUUUUCAUGAAUUUAAACAGUGUCCCACCAAAAGUUACUCUCUAGUCUUUCCGUGAUCUGUUAAAUGGAUAGUUCACCCCAAUAUGAAACUCUCAGGUUUUCAUAUUUUCGAAACCAAACAGUUUUAUUUGUACACUUGUUUUGUUUUGACAGGUGUUUUUUUUAUCAAAUACAUACAGUUUUGGAUUGGAAUGACAUCAUUUUUAUUUUUAAGUUUAAGGCAAACAAUCCAGAAUAUUUAAGUUUUACAUGGCAUAAAACCAUGACAUAUCUGUGAAAUCUGAUUAGAGCAGCCAGACUAAAGCUUGUUUUCCAAAAAAAAUUAAAAAUCAAACACAAAUGCCAUUUUAGCUUAUUAUGGAUGAAUUGGAUCAUUGAAAGUAAGUAGCAAAGAUACUGGUAAAAAAAUUGGGAUUGAAUACAUAUAUGAUAUUUGUCUUAUUUAACAUAUUUUAAAGCACUCAAGCAUUAUAGUGUUUGCAUUUCAGUGUUUUUACUCAUUUUGAGGAAUACUGGUCUGUUUUUGUGCAGGUGAGCUGAGUAAAUACAUGUUAAUAUUUGUUCUGGAACUACAGUAAGAACUACAGUAACACUCUGCACGAUUUCGCUCAACAUGGCAACCUCAGAGCUGUCAGUCAGUACAUGAGAAACAGAGAUGUCACGCGUGUGGACUGGAGGUCACGCCACACCCGUGCUUUGUGCUGGAGUUUCUUCUGAAUCGGAUCACGUGGUGGCGACCGGAGCAGAGGCAGGCGAGCUGACCCUGUGGAGUCACGACGGAUCGCCGGUCUCUAAACUGCACCUGAGCGCUGAUGAUGAUGUCACGUGCGUCGCGUUCUCGCCGUCGACCCCCGGCGUGCUCUACGCCUCUCACGGCCGGACGGUUAGUGUCCUAGACACCAGGAACCUGAAGGAGCCUGUGACGGAGCUGGCGGACGUGGGGGAGGAGGAGAUAAACUGGCUGUGCGUGAACGAGAGCGGCGCUCUGCUCGCUGCGGCGGACGAUUCCGGAGCCGUGAGAGUCGUCGACCUGCAGCUGGAGAAAGUCAUCCGGACUCUGCGGAAACACGACAACAUCUGCUCGUCUGUGACCUUCAGACCUCACCGGCCUCAGAGCGUAGUGUCUGCAGGACUCGACAUGCAGGUGAUGCUGUGGAACCUGCCGAAGGUGCGUCCGCUCUGGACCUACGGUCUGCAGGACACACAGGCAGAAGACGCUCAUCCGCAGAGAGCCGGUCAGAUGUUCAACCCUCCUCUCGCACACUGCGUUGAUGUGGCGUCCUGCGGGAACGUGUUCGCCUGUGCUGCUGAAGACGGCUUCAUCCACCUCCUGCGGGUGUCUGAAGACUCCAGGCUCAGGGAACGAGGGACGUUCAAGGCUCACAGCCAGGGAGCAUCGCAGGCUCACUUCAUCAGCUUCCUCUCUCAUCCGUACUGGCUGGCCACUGGAGGAAACGAUGGGCUCGUGGCUCUCUGGGACCUCGGCGAAGAUGCUCUGGUGGCCAAUGAGAGGAAGCGCAAGAGCCGCAAAAAGAAACCUAAAGCCAAAGCGAAGGCGGUCUCUCAAGUUCAAGGAAGUGACCAAACCCAGAAACAACAGAUGAGUGGUGAGGAAGCAGAAGCUGGUAGUGCUUCCUCUAGUUCAGGGACAACCAAGCCAAAACUGUCCUUCAACCACGGGGAGAAGGUGAACUGGGUUUGUCCAGCCGUGUUAAAGGGAAAGCCAAGUCUGCUGGUAACAGACCAAAGCUCCAGUCCAUCGGUGUAUUCGCUGGAUGAACUAUAAUGUUUGGGAAUGCAAUCUGCCUUUAAAAAUCGUAUUAAAAUUAUGCCAACUCGAUGCGAGACCUACAGCUUAGAUUAUGCCUUACUCUGUCAUUUAUUGCUUAUCUUUCGGUCUGACUGGACACGGUACAGAACUCCAUGACUUGAGUGAAAGUAAAGAUACUGCUGGCCAGAUAUUAUCUCAUUGUGAAGACAGAUUUUUAUAUUUUGAUAUUUUUAAUUACACAAAUGUGCAAAAUCAGACAAUAAUGUCUAAUAUCACUCACAAUAUUAAAUUGUAGUACAUAAAUCUCACACUGGCAGCUGUUCGUGGUUCGAAAAAUGCUUGGAAAUCAUUACAAGACUGAUUAAUGUUAGGCUGUCUGGAAAAAAAUCACUGGCUUUUAAAGCUUCUAUGGGGUGUUGACUUUGUAUAUUUGAUAUUUCUACGGUAUUUAUCUUUCCGAUUUAGUAGAGUUAAAAUCAUAAUUAUCCAGAAGAAAUGUACAGAAACACAAAAAGUGUACUUAAGUACAGUACUCAAAUAAAAGUCAUUUGUUUCUGUCCACCUCUAGCAGUUUUGAGUUCUGUCCCUGCUGGUUUGACCGAAUUUAGCUUGAGGUGAACUGAAGAGUUUGUAAAGAUGAGCAGGCAUGUCAACCCAAAGAAAUGAGCAGUAGGUCUGAAAUCCCAGUGUUUGUAAAAAUACUGUACUCUCCCAUGAGGCCAGAAAACUUGUAAAUGAUGGAAAAGCACAAUUGUUGUAGGUCUCUUUACAAUGUUAAAAUAGAAGAUGCAUUAUGUCUAGAAGUAUGGUACUGUAGAACAGUGGUACAUUUUCAUAAACAACUUGGUUUUAUGAUUUGUGUGGUAAAAUUGUGUUAUAAUGCUUAAUACAUUGGCCUUUGUAGAUGGCGCUGCGGUCCUAUUAGGUCUAACUCAGUCUGACCUAAUUACGUCAUUAUUCUUCCACCUACUGGCGGUUCUCUUUAUUUUUUAAAUCAUUUCAAAUAUCAGUAUUCAACAUUGCAUGGUACUUGGUAUAUUCCACUUCAUAUGCAUCCUCUGCAAAGAUAGAUUUUGGUGAUAGUAAAAACCUUUAUUAUUAUUAUUAUAGUUGACUUAUUCAAUGUUAGAAUUGACUCGAGAUGAUUCAAACUUUUAGAAAAAAAAACCUGCUUACCUUCAUAUCUCUCACACUGGCUGUUUGAUCUAUUAAUGUAUUGAUCAACAGAAAACAAAAAUCUAAUCUUCAAUUUUAUCAGUCAGGGUUCCUGAGUUGAGUUAGAGCGGUCACCAGAUGAUAAAGAUGAUUUUUAAGCAUAAAAAAUUCAGAUGGUACAACAUGAAUCUUUUGAAAUAAAACAUAUAGACCUGUCUCUGAAAUACAGUGCCUUGUGAAAGUAUUCAGACCCCUUUUGCGUUUUAUGUUGCUGCCUUAUGUUAAAAUACUUUUUUUCCACAUCAAUCUACACUCUAUACACCAUAACUGUACGGCAAAAACAGAUUUUUAACAAAUUGGCAAAUUUAUUAAAAAUAAAAAACUAAAAUGA